ACCGCACGCGUCAAAUUGCGUCAUCACUGGUGGACGAAACACGCCGCACUAAACUGAAUCAUGGCUGCAGAAGAUGCAUUUAAAGUGUCUUCCCUAAAGGGGAAAGUGACCCUGAUAACUGGAGCCAGCUCCGGUAUCGGUGCAGGUACGAGCGUCCUGUUCGCUAAACUGGGAGCUCUGUUGGCUCUGAACGGCCGCGACGUGGAAAAUCUCCAAAAGAUAUCCAAACAGUGCACCGACAGUGGAGCAGAGGAGCCCCUGCUUGUUCCUGGAGAUCUUACAGAUGAGGAGACUGUAAAGAAAACAGUAGAGCAAACUAUUGCUCACUUUGGACGGCUUGAUGUCCUGGUCAACAGCGCUGGUAUCCUGGCCAUGGGCAGCAUCGAGGCGACAGACCUGACUCAGUAUGACAGAGUCAUGAACAUCAAUGUAAGAUCGGUGUACCACCUCACUCAGCUUUGUGUGCCUCACCUGAUCAAGACCAAAGGCUCCAUUGUCAAUGUGUCCAGUGUCAAUGGACAGAGAGCCUUCCCUGGUGUGCUGGCAUAUUGCAUGUCCAAGUCUGCCAUUGAUCAGUUCACACGUUGCAUAGCACUUGAACUUGCAUGUAAGCAGGUCAGAGUGAACUCUGUGUGCCCUGGUGUGAUCAUCACAGACGUCCACAGGAGAGCAGGACUAGAUGACGACCAGUAUGCACAGUUUCUUGCAAAGUGUAAGCAGACCCACGCCCUCGGUCGACCAGGAGAGGUGGAUGAAGUGGCUCACAGCAUUGCCUUCCUUGCGUCUGACGCUGCCAGCUUCAUCACAGGAGUAAACCUUCCGAUUGACGGGGGCCGCCAUGCCAUGUGCCCGAGAUAAGACCAUGGAUGUUAUGAUUCAGCAGUCUGCUAAUAUAGUGCUUCAAAACUCCCAA